AUGCAACGGUCGCCAUCUAGAAAAAGCUCUCGUUUGCAGACAGCAACUAGCCAAAAUGUGAAUAGUUCCACGCCUGCCGGAACAGAUAGUUCAGCAAAUGUUUCUCAAAUGCCGUCGAUACAAAAUGUCAGUUCUGUUGCCCUCGGAACGACAACAACCGUAACUAGUGCCUCUAUAAGUGCCCCUAGAGAACCGACACCUGCUGUAUCAACGCAAAACAUUUUCAGUUCAACAAGUGAAGAGCCCUUUAGUCUGCCGCCGUUAGUGCCCGGUCCUAAUGUGAGAACCCAGCCACCACAAACCAUAUCGUCUGAUAAUGAGAACCUGCAACGACAAAUUGAUAUCCUGCAAGCUCAAUUGGCAAACGCUCAACGUGCUUUAAGAGCAAAUCAAAAUUUAAAUACGCCGAAUGUUAUUGGACAUAAUGCGCCAGUCAUCCAAAGUAUUAGCAGUGGCCCUGAGAACAUGGUUGAUCGCCGGAAUCCAACGCCAUAUUCCUAUGUUAGUCAGUCAGACCAGUUGAUGACAUCUCAGCCUCUUAUUGUUUCCCCUGCUACAGUGCCCAUGCCAGUACAACGCAAACUUUAUGAUCUGCCCGAAUUUUGUGGUAUUCCCGAGGACUGGCCAAUGUUUUUGUCUGCCCUUGAACAUUCGACAGCGGCAUAUUCGUACAAUAAUUUUGAAAAUUGUUUGAUAUUGCAGAAGGCUUUGAAAGGUGAAGCCAGAGAGUGCGUGAAGUCGUUGCUCAUCCACCCAAAUAAUGUGCCAACAGUUAUAGAGCAAUUAAAGCUACAAUAUGGUCGCCCAGAGUUGCUUAUUCGAUGCCAAUUGCAACAGAUGAAGGAAGUUCAGCCCAUAGCAGAAAACGCGAUCGAUAAAUUGGUGCCGUAUUCCAUUAAGGUCAGAAAUUUAGCAGCAUUUUUGGAAUCUGCCAAUGGUUAUCAACAUUUGUCGAAUCCAACACUCAUGGAGAAGUUAGUACAGAAGCUGCCAAUGAGCAAACGUUUGGAUUGGGCCCAGUUUGCUUCAACUUUACCUCAGUUGCCGACUAUUUUGGAUUAUAGUACCUGGCUCCAGCGUGUUGCAAAUUUGGUAAGAAGUGUGCAAAUAAGCAGUUCAAGUGGCAAUAGAUCUAACAGUGAUCCAAAACGAAAAGUGGUUUUAUAUGCUUCUGAUGGCCCAGAACGUCAGUUAAAAUGUUUUUAUUGUGUUGGCCCACAUAAAAUUUUUGAUUGUAAGAAAUUUUUAGAAUUGAGUGUGCCUAAUAGAUGGAGUGAAGUGAAGAGAUUGAAGUUAUGUUUUUCGUGUCUCAGUGGUGGCCAUUCAAGUAAAGAUUGUCGUCGGUGUAAGCAGUGUCCAAUGGAAAAGUGCCAAAGAAAUCACAAUAAAUUAUCGCAUGAAACUAAACCUAAUGAACCAAGUGAACGAUCCGUAAAUGUGCCGCCAACAGAGAGAGCUUCAACAGUGGAACCAGUGCUUAGUUGUGUUUCAAGUGCUAGUGAAAGAAGUGAUUUGUUGUUCAGAGUGCUCCCAGUGGUUCUUUAUGGACCAAAUUGUGCUAUUGAAACUUAUGCACUCCUAGAUGAAGGUUCUUCGGUCACGAUGAUGGAUAGCUCUUUAGUGAGACAGCUUGGACUGCAUGGUCGACAAAGUCAAUUGAAUUUGAGUUGGUAUGGUGGUAAAUCGGCACAAGAACCAGUUAUGGUGGUGGAUCUUUAUGUGAGCGGUGUUAAUAAGAAGAGGAAAUAUGCUUUGAAAAAUGUGUAUGGUGUCUCGAAUUUGAAGUUGCCUAGUCAGAGUUUUAAUGCGGAUUUAGUAAAGAAUCAUGGUGUGCCUUUAAACUCAUAUGAAUGUGUGGCUCCAAAGGUACUAAUUGGAUUGGACCAUUGCCAUUUAGGAUUGCCCGAUGAAAUAGUCCCUUUGGAAGAUGCUGGUCCAUAUGCUGCCAAUACUCCUCUUGGAUGGGUUGUUUUUGGAAACGUGAAAGGAGGUCGCCCUGGAACCCAAACAUGUUUGCUGACACAGUUGGAUAAUUUAAAUAAUUUGGUGGCAAAUUAUUUUGAAACUGAAAAUUUUGGUGUUAAGGCUCUACCAGUGAUUGAGUCAAGAGAUGAUUUACGUGCACGAGAGAUAUUGAGAAAUUCGACGAAGAGGGUUGCCGGAAGAUUUGAAUCCAGACUACUAUGGUGUAAUGAUGACGUAGUCCUGCCGGAUAGCUAUUCCAUGGCCCAUAAUAGAUUUUUUGGAAUGGAAAGAAAAAUGAAAAAUAAUCCUGAAUUUGGUGCGGCCUAUAAACAAAUAAUGAGUGAAUAUUUGCAGAAGCGGUAUGUACGCAAAUUAUCAUUGAGUGAAGUCGAUACGUUUCAUCCGAGAACAUGGUACUUGCCCCACUUUGGUGUCGUAAACCCUAAUAAGCCAGGGAAGAUUCGUAUGGUGUUCGAUGCAGCAGCAAAGGUGGAAGGUGUCUCGUUGAAUUCAAAGUUAUUGAAAGGCCCUCAGCAGUACAAACCGUUGCCAUCCGUUUUAUUUAAUUUUAGAAUCGGUUCCGUAGCUGUUUGUGGGGACAUAAAGGAAAUGUUUCAUCAAGUUGUUGUUGCUGAGGAAGACAGGUGUUCUCAGAGGUUCUUGUGGCGAGAUGAUGCUAGUGGUCCACCGGAAGUGUAUGAAAUGCUUGUGAUGACGUUUGGAGCUGCCUGUUCGCCCUGUAUUGCCCAUUAUGUGAAGGAAACAAAUGCAAUGGAGCAUCGAAAUCGUUUCCCUAGAGCCGUGAAGUCAAUUUUGGACCAUCAUUACGUAGAUGACUUUGUAGACAGUUUUGUAAAUCCGUCAAAAGCCAUUGAAAUAGCCAUACAAGUUCGUGAAAUACAUAAAGCUGCUGGUUUUGAAAUGCGUAAAUUUACAUCGAAUUCAUCGGAGGUGGUUGUGGCUCUAGAAGGAUGUUCAGAUCAUCAGGUUAGUUUCUCAGGUGGAUUAAAUGAGUUGGAGGGUUCAACUGAAAAGGUACUUGGCAUGUUUUGGGAUCCAAAGGACGACACGUUCAAAUUUGUUUUGAAAUUCCAUCGUGUGAAUUCUGACGUCAUCCUUGGUAAAAGGUGUCCCACAAAGCGUGAGUUAUUAUGUGUCGUAAUGUCCAUUUUUGAUCCACUUGGUUUUUUGUGCCAUUUUAUGAUAACUGCCAAACUUUUGAUGAGAGAAGUCUGGAGACAUAAUGUACUUUGGGACGAGAUGUUGCCCGCGUCAUUACAAGCGAUGUGGAAUAAAUGGCGCCAAGAGUUAAGAAAUGUUGUCCAUGUAAAGGUUCCACGAUUUUAUUUUGGAAAUGGUUUGCCCUUGGAGUUAGAGCUGCAUGUUUUUGUUGAUGCCAGUGAAGAUGCCUUCGGUGCAGUUGGCUAUUGGAGAUAUACAACAUCUGAUGGACAAAUAGGAGUGUCGUUUAUAUCUGCCAAGUCGAAAUGUGCCCCAUUGAAAUGUAUGACUAUUCCCAGAUUAGAACUACAAGCCGCCGUUUUGGGGACCCGAUUGAUGGACACUAUAAUGAAGGAACAUGAACUCAAAGUUUCUCGUCGAAUCUGUUGGAGUGACUCUACAACCGUCAUUAGUUGGAUUGGUUCUGAAAGCAGGAGAUAUAAACCAUUUGUUGCCCAUCGAAUUGCCGAAAUACUUGAUUCGACACGCCCAACUGAUUGGAGAUGGUUGCCUACAGAUCUCAAUGUUGCCGAUGAUACUACAAGAGCUAAAAAUGAAGUUGAUUUUUCCAUUGAAACACGUUGGUUCCAAGGGCCACAAUUUUUGUAUGAAAACGAAGCUGACUGGCCGAAUAAGAAUUCUGAGAAAUCUGAUGAUUUGUGUGAAGAAGAACUACGCCCCAAAUUUGUUAUGCUGGUUAGUACAAAUUUAGUAAUUGAUUUUAAUCGUUUUUCUUCAUUUCUCAGGCUUAAACGAACAAUGGCUUGGGUUCUGAGAUUUAUCAAUCGCUGCCGAAAAUAUGAUAAAUGUAAUGGUUCGAGAUGCCUGUGUGCUGAAGAGUUAAGGGUUGCUGAAACUAGUCUGUGUCGUCUGUCCCAAGAAGAAUGUUUCGCCUUUGAAAUUAACGUUUUAAAAUCUGAUGGUUCUUUAAAAAAGGACAACGAGUUAUUUUCCCUUUCGCCUUAUUUUGAUGAAAAUAAUUUACUUCGAGUGAGCGGUCGUAUUGAUGCUGCGAGUUGGUUGCCUUUAGAUGCCAGGCACCCCAUUAUUUUGUCGCCCUGUCACCGCUUUACACAACUAUUUGUUGCCCAUGUGCAUAAUAAAAUGAGACAUCAAAAUUUUGAGGCUACCAUAGGCGAAAUAAGGAAAAGAUUCUGGAUUCCACGACUUCGAAAUCUGUUGAGUAAGACCACAUCAAAUUGCAACAUUUGUAAGAUUCGUCGUGCUGUUCCAGUAGCUCCUUUUAUGGGAUCGUUGCCAAGUGAUAGACUAACUCCAUAUGUCCGGCCAUUUACUUAUACUGGUGUUGACUAUUUUGGCCCAUUAAAUGUGACUGUUGGUAGACGCCAUGAAAAACGUUGGGUUGCCCUGUUUACGUGCCUUACAAUCAGAGCUGUACAUUUAGAAGUGGCCUAUGAUCUAUCUACUGAUUCGUGUAUUUUGGCUAUACGGAAUUUUAUAAAUCAUCGUAGCACCCCGUUGAAGAUUCGGAGUGAUAACGGAAAGAAUUUUGUUGGAGUUAACCAAGAAACCCAGCGAUUUGAUGAAGUAUUUGAUCUGGUUAAAAUUGAAGAUGAGUUGUCCACAAGGGGCAUUGAAUGGCAGUUUAAUUGUCCACAUAAUCCUGCAGAAGGUGGAAUAUGGGAGCGAAUGGUUCAAUGUGUUAAAAAGGUUUUAAGAGUAACCCUAAAAGAAGUCGCCCCAAAAGAGCACACCUUGCAAAGUUUUUUAAUUGAAGCCGAAAACAUCGUGAACUCUCGCCCAUUGACUCACUUGCCUGUCAGUCCGGAAGACGAAGAACCAUUGACGCCUAAAUAUUUCUUGUUGGGUUCUGCAAAUACGGCUCAAACGCCAGAAGGUAUUGAAAUUAUAAAGCCAGUGGUACUGAAGAAGCAGUGGCGAAUUGCUCGACAGCUACGAGAUCAUUUUUGGAAAAGAUGGAUUGUGGAAUAUUUGCCCACACUUACAAGACGGUCCAAAUGGUGCAAACAUACGAAGCCUGUGGCCCCGGGAGAUCUUGUACUAAUUUGUGAUCCAGCUGUUUCCCGCCGAAAUUGGAAGAGAGGUCGUGUCGUAAAUGUGUUUCCUGGCAGUGAUGGUGUAAUCCGAAGAGCUGAUGUCCAAACAAGUAGUGGAAUACUUAAACGCCCAGUUUCCAAACUAGCAGUCCUUGAUUUGGAGUAG